UGCAGUGCAACAUGGCGUACUCUGGUACAGCAACACAGAAACCAUCCAAGAGCCGAAGUGCACCACCCUUGAGCUCCAUCUCCAGCCGCCUCGAAGGAAUUCAUAUUGAUGAAGAAGUCAAGAUCGCAGUCAGUCUCUGUCUGGAGAGGUUUUCCUACAGUGACGAGAACGAGGUGGAAUUUCCCUCCUCCUUCACCCGCACUGAGAGGGCUUUCGUUCAUCAAAUGGCACGAUCCCUGGGUUACAUCUCGAAGAGCAAAGGGAAAAAAACAAAUCGUUUCCUCACCGUCAGGAAGAGGGCCAGUUCAGACAAACCUGGGCCAGCCAUGGUCCUCACAGUCUCCCACAAUUCCUUACAUUUCAUCCGCAGCCUACUUCAGAGGUUCCCCAUCAGCAACAAGGGACGCAUAAACAUGCAGCCCAACAGCAGAAGUGGCACGUCUGUGGCUGCUGAAGCCG